UGUCUCUCACCAACGAAACCUGUCGAGAUACUGCAGGACUUCAUAGCCCUGAGCACCAGCAGCUUGACGUGCACCAGAUGCGGCAGGGAAGAGGAGUCUGAUUCCGAGGAUGAAAUAAUUGCUGUUGAAACCUAUGCAAAAACUGUCUGCCGCUUGGCAUCACGUGUCUCCCCUCAUAGAAUAAACUAUACAAAUAAUGCCUUCUACUGCCGUGCCCUGCAUGGGGAGCUGGCUUACACUGCAAAGAUGAGGAAGCCCCGGGCCAGUGAGAAAGUAUUGUUGGUUCCAGGUCAUGAUGAAGACUGUGGCGGUUCUGAGAGUCAUAUCUCAUGGAACAACUGGUGCUCCAUGGAUUCUAUAUUUAAAAAACUCUUGCCUCACAUCUCACCAAGGUUAGACUUUCAGUACCUAUUAAAAACAUAUGCAGAGUUUAAAUUUUUCAUACUCAAGGACAGGAAUAGAAACUUUGAUCUCAAGGGAUGCUUUACAAAAAAAUAUUUCCCCAGUGAAGAAAGGUGCUGCAGAUUUGAAGAGUUUGUAUUUCUGAAGUUGAUCCGGGAUGAGCUGCAAUACUUCGCUUCGGUUCUUCGAAGGUCAAAGGCCACAGAAGCUCUAUUUUUAGAAGAAAGACAUGUUGGAUUUUCCUUGCUGGGUUUACUGAAAAUUGUUUUGCGAAAUAUCCACAAGAUGAAAAGAUCCAAUACGAGAGAAAAUAUUUCUGAGCUUGGCCCUACAGAAGACUUUCACUUUCCAAAUGCCAAAAGCUGGAAGCAUUUUCGACAUUCCGCAUUCACCAACUGGAUGUCGGAGCUGUUGGAUGAAGCUGGUGCCGCCGUAGAGGAGCAGGACUUCCACUAUGACAAUCUGUCCAGCUUCCGAACAAAUAGAAUAUCCAAGACGCUGAAGGAGUGGAUGUCACCGCAAGAUUACAUGCAUGACCCUAACGUACUGGUCUCCUGCAGGACGGUGUUUGCUCACACAGACACCAGGUCCAUAGAGUUGGAUGGGAUGAGAGGUACAGAAGGUGACUUUUUUAAUAUAUCUAUUUCUAGCAUCUGCUUUGCAGUUAUGAUUGAGUUUAGUUAUCUUAGUUGCAAUUUCUUGUCUAUUUAUUUAAUUCUGUUUACAUACAUAUUCUGUAAGUUGUGAUCCCAGAUAGGCUGGCCCUCAGACCCAGGAACAAAUUUAAAAACAUGGAGAAAAAACAAAAUAGACAAUUUUUUAGGAAUUAUUGGUCCUGCUGGGCUGUAGAAUCAUUGAACUUCAGUCCAACAUUUGGUAGCAUUCAUAUGUUUUUACCCUCCUACAGUUUUAAUUUAUUUUAGGAAAUACUUUUUUGUUUUGUUUUGAAAUUGUGGUAAAAAAUAAAUUGGUUAUUUUUUUAUAUUACAGAACCCAAACCACUGCAGGAAAGAGAA